UCAAUCAGCUGUCGAUUUUUUAUUGUAAAUUAUUGUUUUUUGCAACAAAAAAAUGAACUUGGAUGACUGAAAAGUGGGUGUCCCGGUGUCGUGCGCUGUGCUGCCAGUGGUAGAGUUGGGGGGCGGCUUGUGGCGAUGGCGUCGGGGGUCGUGGGCCAGUGAGGGCUGCGGGCGCGGCUCGCAGGUGUGCGCGGCCGGGGCUCCGCAGGCAUGCGGCGGCAUGGCGGGCGAGGCUGCGGGCACGUCGCGCGGCCUGCGAGUCUACAAGAUCGUGGUGCUCGGCGACGGCGGGGUCGGCAAGUCGGCCGUCACCCUGCAGUUCGUCAGCCACAGUUUCUUGGACUACCACGACCCCACUAUAGAGGAUUCUUACCAACAACAAGCGGUGAUUGACGGUGAGCCCGCACUACUGGACAUUUUGGAUACUGCUGGUCAGGUGGAGUUCACGGCGAUGCGCGAGCAGUACAUGCGGUGCGGCGAGGGCUUCGUGCUGUGCUACUCAGUGACGGAUAGGCGCUCGUUCCGCGCCGCCGCCGAGUACCGACGGCUACUGGCGCAGGCGCGGCCCGCCGAGAGACUGCCGCUUGUACUGGUCGGGAACAAGCUGGAUCUCGCGCCGAGGUUCAGACAAGUGAGCACAGAGGAAGGCAAGGCGCUGGCGACGCAGCUGGGAUGUCCCUUCUUCGAGACGUCGGCGGCGCUGCGCCAUUUCGUCGACGACGCCUUCCACGCGCUCGUGAGGGAGAUACGACGCCUCGAGCGGCAGCGACAGGCGUCAAUCCUCGGCAUGAGCGUGUCGGGCGGCGGCGGACGUCGCCGCUGGCGCCGCCUGCGCAGCAUCUUCGCGCUCGUGUUCCGCCGCCGCCGCCGCCACGAGCCCUGACUACUGCUGCCAACACUCCUACACGCUUGAACUUACGGAGCAAGGUAACUUUCAUGAUGGUUUGAUGGCCCUUCGAUUUCAAACUGAGUUCCACGAGUUAUGUCUUGGAGGUUUAAAAAGUUUUUUUAUGAAGACAUAUUCCUUCUAAGCUCUUAUCCGGAGUUUUCUUAGUUGGGUAAGCGAUACAACCUAACCUAACUUUGAGAAAACUAAUCUGGAGUUUUUAUAAUGAAAAAAAAAAACAUUCUUACAUUUUUGGAUAACCCGUUUAACCCGUUUAUU